AUGCUAUGUACGUUAGGCCGAUCGUCUAUUUCUCGACUUUGCUUCUUUGACAUCCAACGGAGUCCUUCAUAUUUGUGUACAUGUCGCGAGGAUGAUCUCGAUGUAAAAAACAUAAAUUAUCUAUCGAGCGACCUAUUCAACGUAUUUCUUUUCCUACGCAAAUAUUCAACAUAUCUAUCUAUCUAUCUAUCUAUCUAUCACAUAUCUUUACUUAUCAUCUAUCACUUAUCUUUGCUUAUCUUUGCUUAUCUUUGCUUAUCUAUCUAUCUAUCUAUCUAUCUAUCUAUCUAUAUAUAUAUCUAUCUAUCUAUCACUUAUCUAAGAAGAUUACAUUAUUUUCUAUCUCCCAUACAUACACGUAUUCUAUCUAUCUAUCUAUCUAUCUAUCUAUCUAUCUAUCUAUCUAUCUAUCUGUGUGCACGAUGGAAUGCAAGCGAUGCGGGGAGCUGGGGCGCAAAUUGUCUUACACUAAACUGGGAAACACACAUGUUACCCGACGCGGAGCAAUCGUGGCCGGACAACCAGAUAUACCAACUCGUAGUCGCAAAAAGUCAAACAGUCGUACGUCGCAUAUGUCGUAAUUUGUCGACGACACGUAUACGGCGAACAACAAAGGUAUUUCUGUCUUUAUUUCGUUCUUUCUUGAAACAACUCAUCCCAUUUGUCCUGUUUUUUUUCUAUUCCUUCUUUCAUUCUUUCAUCCAUUCUUAUUUUUCCAUUGUUUCAUUGAUUUUCUGCGAUUUUUCUUUUCUUCCUCCUUCCAAUCAUUCUUUAAUUUUUCUUUCUUUCUCUCUUUCUUCGUUUCUUCCAUUCUUUCUUUCUAUAAACACUCAUGUCUUUUCUACGAUUUUCCUUUUUCUCUUCAUUUAUUCAUUCUUUGUCUUUCAACUCUUAUUCAUUUUCACAAAUUUUCUUUUUUUCAUCCUUCCUUCUUUUAAUCACGCAUUCAUAUUUCGUUUUUCAUUCUUUCUUUCUACACGUGUUCUUUUUGUUGAUUUUCCUUUUCCUUCCUUCCUUCCUUCCUUCCUUCCUUCCUUCCUUCAUUCAUUCAUUCAUUCUUUCUUUCUUUCUUUCUUUCUUUCUUUACGUUAUACAACACUUUCUUUCUUCCAAUAUUUAUUCCAUUUCUCUGAUUUUACUUUUUUCUUCUUUCUUUCUUUUUUUCUUAUUCCCUUUCAUUCUUUUUCUCUCUGUCUUUAUAUCUUUCUUCACCUUUAUCUCGCUGCAAUUAAUUCCAUUACUCUUUUUGUUGUAUACUCCUAA